GGUGAAGGUAACAGCGGUGAUUUGUAAGUGUACUCAAAAUCCAUUUUCGCAUAUAACAAAUAGGAACUCAUAUAAACAGUUGAUAAAUUAAUGUUGGUGUUCAAUCUCACAGAAAUCCUCCAAAUGACCUAUGCGUAGUGUAACAUAAAAUUUACGACGGCUAAUUGUUUACCUUCAGCUAUGUGGAUGCAGAAACCAGCUACAAUUAACUGCCCUCCUGGCCUUGAAUACUUGACACAAAUAGAUCAACUGCUAGUUAAACAGUCGAAAGAACUCUGUGAAAUAAUACUGUCUUUUGAGACGAAAAAUCAGUAUACAUGUUACAACGUUUUGGGACAACCCGUUUAUAAAUGCUACGAAGAAUCCGGCUUUUGUGUACGUGAAUUUUGUGGAUCGUCAAGGCCUUUUCGUUUGCAUAUUGUGGAUGGUAACAAUUCGGAGGUUAUCCUUGCAAGACGACCAUUUCGCUGUGAUUGUUUCCCAUGUUGUUCUUGCUGUGAUUGUUGUCUAAGUGAAAUUGAAGUGGAAUCUCCUCCUGGCAAUAUUAUAGGCUAUGUGAAACAAGUCUAUAAUGGUUGUUAUCGUAAUUAUCAUAUACUGGAUCAAAAUCAGACUAAGGUUCUUCAAAUUCAUGGUCCACCGUAUUGUCUGUGCAAAUGUAUUGGACAAAACAUUGAUUUUAAGAUUACUUCUGCUAACGGUGCUGUGGAAAUCGGUAAAAUCACUAAAAAAUGGACGAAUAUUUUACAAGAAUUAUACACGGAUGCAGAUAAUUUCGGUGUUACCUUUCCUAUGGAUUUGGAAGUCAGAAUGAAAGCGGUUCUUUUGGCUGCUGUUUUCUUAAUUGAUUUUAUGUACUUUGAAGAAAGUCAAUGACAAGAGAAAACAUCGAUGAAAAUACGCAAAAAUUGGGAACUGGAUUUACGGCACCACCAUUAUCAUCGUAAUGGUCAUCAUCACCUUCCACCUUCCCCUUCUCUUUAUUAUCCCCCUACUUUUGACUACAGUAAAAAUGCUUUGAAGAAACCUUAUUUCAUUGAAUAUCUUACGCACACAUACAUGUAUAUAAUAUGUAGUUCACUGGAAACCUUCCCCGAUUUGUGCUUUCUGCAUAUAAAACUAUUUUCCUUCAUACUUCUUUUGGUUUUUCCAAUAAAUCAUGAACAGAAUAGAUAUAUGAUAUCUACAAAACCUUUCCUGUAAGCACUGUAAAUCGUUUGAAAAUUCCAAAUUCUACAUCCGCCUAUUAAGUAGUCUAUGUGGAUUCACUGAAAAAACAGUAUACCCAAACAUUAUUUGUGUUUUUGUAUCUCUCAGCGUGUCUGUUGCUUAAUUUAAAUCUUUGCUAAUCUUUCUCCUCGUUUACGAUUAUUAAUUAGCCUUGUAAAAAGAGAAGGGAAAUUUGUAUUGUUGGUGAUGUGCGUAUCUAUGGCUACAGGAUUGAUGAUUAUCAUUAUUGAUUUUCCAUAUUUUCAUAUAAUUGGUUUAUUCAUUUUUGUGAAAAAAGCUGCCUUUUCAUAGGCUGUAUAUAUGUAUGUAUGUACAGACUCAUUUUUCGUUUUCAUAAUUGAAGUUAACAAAUGAUUUUAACUGUAAAAUAACGCCAUUUCUCGUUUUCUC